CAAGGUCUAGUCGCAAUAAUGUUUGAGACACAGUCACUUUCCUGUUCUUCCAAGGAUAGUAGUGAGCCCCCACCUGGCAAGAGCAAAGAGGUGCUAUUAGGUUAUCCAACCAGGCGUCGCAGUUGCGCUUUGGUAAAUACACCAUCGUUAUGUGUUAACAAAGUUAUUCAUCUUAUUCAAGAGCUGGAAGUAAAGCUUGAAAAAUUCUUUCAACAGUAUGAUCACAUACUUAAGGAGAAAAUUCUAUGGAUUUCAAAAAUGGGAAAAGAUGUUCAGUUAUCAAGCUCCUCUCCGUUGGAUGUUAAAGAGACUGUGAUAUAUUGCGAAGACAGCAACAUAUUAACCUUGAAGCAGGAAACUGAAGCUCUAUUAUCAGAAGUCAUUGAGCUAAUUAAGCGGCUAGAAGCUGACCAUAAAGAGGCUGAAGAAGCUUUGAAGUUUGAAAAACAGCGCAAGAAAAACCUAGGCAUGAAAAUUGAUUGUAUAUCGCUCUGGAGACUUCAACAGCUUCCUGCAGUGGUGCAAAAAGAAUAUGAAGCUUGUGCUCAAGAUAUUUCAGAGUUGCAGUGGUAUUUUCAUUGUAAAAAUCAUCAGUUACAACAGGUACAAAACCAAGUGCUUAAGAUAAAAGCAGUGAAUAAAAAGAUUCAGGAGGAUGUAGACUUCAUGAAGAAACACAGCCCUCUGCUGGAAGAAAAGCUGAAUCUUGAAGGCAGUGCUGUAAAGGAUGUAUUAAAGGAACAUGAAGAGGCAUCAGAAAUAUAUAACAAUAUUUAUCAAGAACUUACCAAAGUCCAACAGACUUAUAAACACAUCUAUGAAGAAGCAGAGAAGGAGAGAAAAUCUAUGUCUCAGAAAAUUAAAUAUGCUGAGUUGCUGUUGAAUCAAUAUGAGAGUGAGUUAAAACGCUCUGAAUCUCUUUGGACUGAAUACUGUAUGAAGUUAAAAGACACAGAGGAGAAGAUUAUGAAAGAUAAAAAACACCUUGAAGAGUUGGUGAAGCAAAAAAUAGCGAUCCAGGAGGACACAAAAUCUUGGAACAGUAAAUUCAAAAAGAAAAAUUGCAUAUCAGUCAGAAAUCCAGGCUAUACACAAAAACAUCCAGAAAACUGAAGAGCAAAUAAGAAAAGUGAAUAAAGAGCUAUAUAAUAUUGAGAUGUCUUAUGCAGAAAGAAAAUUAAAACUGGAGGGAUUGGAAGAAAAAAUAA